CGUCGCCGCCCGCGGCGUGCCCGCUUCCAAGAUGGCGGCGGCGGCGGCGGUGUCGGGCGUGCUGGGCCGGGCUGGCUGGAGGCUCCUGCAGCUGCGUUGCCUGCCGGCGUCCCGCUGCCGAGCACCCCUGGCGCCUCGUGCCUUCCACGCUUCCGCGGUGGGGCUCAGGUCUUCAGAGGAGCAGAAGCGGCAGCCUCCCCCCUCUUCUCAGCACUCAGAGCCACAGGGGGCAGAAAAGCCUGACCCGGAGUCUGCUCGGUCACCCCCCAGGUACACGGAGCAGAGCGGCGAGGAGGACGAGGACUACGAGAGCGAGGAGCAGCUGCAGCACCGCAUCCUGACAGCGGCCCUGGAGUUCGUCCCUGCCCAUGGCUGGACGGCAGAGGCAAUUGCAGAAGGAGCCCAGUCCCUGGGUCUCUCCAGCGCAGCAGCCGGCAUGUUUGGGAAUGAUGGCAGUGAGCUGAUCCUGCAUUUCGUGACCCAGUGCAAUGCUCGGCUCACCCGUGUGCUGGAAGAGGAGCAGAAACUGGUCCAGCUGGGCCAGGCGGAGAAGAGGAAGACAGACCAGUUCCUGAGGGAUGCAGUGGAAACCAGACUGAGAAUGCUGAUCCCGUACAUUGAGCACUGGCCCCGGGCCCUCAGCAUCCUGCUGCUCCCCCACAACAUCCCCCCCAGCCUGAGCCUGCUCACCAGCAUGGUGGACGACAUAUGGCAUUACGCCGGCGACCAGUCCACUGACUUUAACUGGUACACGCGCCGUGCUGUGCUGGCUGGCAUCUACAACACUACGGAGCUGGUGAUGAUGCAGGACUCCUCCCCGGACUUUGAGAACACCUGGCGCUUCCUGGAGAACCGGAUCAGUGAUGCCAUGAACAUGGGCCACACUGCGAAGCAGGUGAAGUCCACUGGCGAGGCACUGGUGCAAGGACUCAUGGGUGCAGCAGUGACGCUCAAGAACUUGACAGGUCUGAACCAGCGCCGGUGAGGGAAGGACAGGAGCUCGAGUGCCCGGAGGAAUGCGAGUGGGAGAUUGAAAGGGCUUUGGGAAGCGUGAAGUGCCAUCCACCUUAGGGUGCUAACCAGGACACUCUGGAGGACUCCUGAACACCUCGGCAGCCACCCAGAGACCACAGGGCACCUGACGAUCGAGCCACUUCUGCAGUCCUAACACCUGGCCACGCUCAGCGCAUCCUGCCUUGCAGCUUGUGAUGGGAGAAAUGAGACUCCCCGGGGCGCUCAGCCAGCACGUCCCUGCGUGGUCUCAUGGGCACCCUCGUGUCCUAACCUUCCUUGCAACGGUUUUGGGGGCUGCUAAGGCUGAGUCAAGGCUGGAAGCCGCCGGAUGGUGGCAGCUCACCGCCAGCAUGCUGCAGGCAUCCUUCUGAGAUGUUCCUGGGGACCCCUCAGAGAGCUGCCUCCCUGAGACAGGUGCCUGCUGGACACUGAGAGGCGUGGCCCAGGCCUAGUGUCGCAUCACUCCAGCACGCACUGCGGGAUUGUUAGUGUAUUCAGAACCUGUAAAAAUUAUAAUAAAUGUUUGAGGCUGCUUCCUUUUA